CACACACACAAUUCAGUCGUUGGCGCGCUCACAGAAUAUUCCCGCUCUUUCUGUUUCCAUGGCGAUGCGUUUGCCAUUGGCGCCACCUGGAGGAAUAGCGCGGGAACUUCCGCUCAACCGCCUUCUGUUAUUCCUCAUUUGUGCAGCAGGUGUCUCUCUGUGAGGAAAAACGAGGAAAUGCAGCAUCUUUAGUUCACAGAUGAGGAAAAGAGAUUCAUUUACCACACGAAGAGCAAAAAAACGAUCCAAAUCGGAUGAAAAUAACGCGGUACUUUAUUUUAAACCAUCGAAGAUGUAACCAUUCACGCAUUUUCAAGGUUGGUGUGUUUGUAAUGGCGGCGGAUCCGGUUACAGCUCUCCGAUCAGCUGCUGAUCAGCUGGAUUGAUCCUGUGUCCGAUCAUCCGAACCGAGACAUCACCUGAACCGAGUCAUCAGCUGAACCGAGUCAUCAACCGACUGAGGGCGGAUUACAGCGCGAGCCUGAAGCGGCGUAAUCAUGGAUGUGUUCGGCUUUCUCAAUCUAAACGAACUCGCUCUGGGGCUGUCAAACCUCUCCAUGUUCCCCUGCUUCGACAUGGCGCAUUAUAUCAUAUCAGUGAUGAGUUUGAGAGAGCAGCCAGGAGCGCUGGAGGUCUCUCAGCGCAGUCCGUUUGCGUGUUGGUUCAGUUCGAUGCUGUAUUGUUUCGGUGGAGCCGUUCUCUCAGCGCUGAUGAUGGCAGAUGCGCCGGUCGCACCACUGUCCAACACCACCAACCUGCUGCUCGCCUCACUCAUGUGGUGUGUGGUGUUUUAUUGUCCUCUGGAUGCCGUGUACUCGCUUGCGUCCGUGUUGCCCGUGCGUCUGCUCUUGACGGCGAUGAAGGAAGUGACCCGUACCUGGAAGGUUCUGGGCGGAGUCACACAAGCAGGAAGGAAGUACAAAGACGGUCUGUUUGUGAUGAUCGCGGUGGGCUGGGCUAAAGGAGCCGGUGGAGGACUCUUGAGUAACUUUGAGCAGCUGGUUCGAGGCGUCUGGAAACCAGAAACCAACGAACUCCUGAAGAUGUCAUAUUUUAGCUUUACGCGGAUGAUGUUGUUGGGUUCGUCGUCGUAUCCGUUCUCAGCGGUGGAGUCUCUGGUCUACAAGACUCUGUUUGUUCGACCUUUGACCUUUUCACCUCUGACCGACUCUUCCCCGAUCCGCAACAAACCCAACGGAUCGGCCUCCGACGAACCGGACCAAACCAACCCCCAAGACGCAGAAAACACCAAAAAGACGGACUGAGUCGUGACGGAGAACAGAAGACCGACGGUUUUAUUAGCUUAUCUACACGUUUCCUGCUGAUGAGGUUUCUUUUUAUCUUGAUAUCUGAUUAUGUACAUAUUUGCUCGAUUCACAGAGAAUUCUAUUCUUUUCUAUCCUGUGGUGGUGAGGAUAGUAUAUUUUAAUAAUAUUUAUAAUGCAUUUAUGAAUGCAAUCACUGAAAGUUGAACGCUGAAACCUGUUUAAGAUGUUUUCAGUGCUGAAAUGAUUGAAUAUAAUUCACUUGCUCUGACUCGUCUGUCUUCAGUUUGUUGUGUUUGUGAAAAC